AUUCCGUCAUGGGGUUGUUUUAGUGGUUUACUGCUUCAUUGGCUUGAUUGAAUGAAGCUUAUGAAAUAUUAUCAAUGUCAACAAAGAGCAGGUUCUGCUUAUUUACCAAGUUUUAACCUCUCCCUCUCCCUCUCCCUCUCUCACUCAAUCAUACCUGCGCCUACUUCAAUCCAUCAAAGUCCCGAGGGCAGAUUUGCUUCGACGAUAUGGCUUCCCUCAAGGCUGUUUCCGAGCCAAACACAGAGCUUGGAAGUGCUUUGAAAACAAAUUUUGAGUAAGUAGAUAGGAAGAGCUAAAAACAUAAACAUAAACAUUAGCUGAUCAAUUCUUUUGCAGUGUCGACUUUGUAAUCGAUUAUCGUUUUUCUACUUCAGGUAUGAGAGGCCAGGUUCCCGCACUCAAUCGGACGACAACUAAUGCAACCCCUCCAGACAAAGACCACGCCGAAGCACAAUUCGUAAAGCUUAUCGAAUCUGUUCAUGACGUUGGGUUAACGACUGAAGUACGAAAUGGAGAUAAUUUUGGACUUCUAAUAUUCGUCAAAGCUGCUAAGGAGAGACUCAGAUCUGAAGUAUAUCGCUCGCGAGUACAGGAUUGGUUAUAUGGAGUUCGAAUAACUGCACCGGCGAAGGAUAUUCAUGAAGCUUUCGAGGUAGAACCAGUGACUGAGGCCGAACGAUUGAGAUUGGUUUAUUUGUUAAUUACUAAAUCCAAAAUUGAAGGUGGUGCCGGGAUUACGCCUAAGAGAGGGGAAUGGAUGGGAGUCGAGUCGAUAUUUCCCCUCCAUGAUCAUGCAUUCAAUAAGGCUUGGAUUACCGAAAUCACCACAAAAUAUCUCCUAACCACCAAGGAUCUGGAGGAUAUUAAGAACAGAUUUGGAGAAAGGAUUGGUUUCUAUUUUGCCUUUUUACAAUCUUAUUUUAAGUUCCUGGUGUUUCCUGCCGCAUUCGGAUUCUGCGCUUGGGUUCUUCUUGGUGAAUACUCCCCGAUAUAUGCCAUUGUCAAUGGCAUAUGGUGUAUCGCCUACACGGAAUAUUGGAAGAAGCAAGAGACGGAUCUUGCAGUACAAUGGGGUGUUCGAGGUGUAUCAAAGAUUCAGCGCAAAAGAGUGGAUUUCAAACCCGACAGUGAGAUUACGGAUCCUAUUACUGGAGAACGAAUUAAGUUUUACUCGCCGGUUAAAAGGUUGAGCCAUCAGUUGCUACAAAUACCCUUCGCACUCUGUGCUACCAUCUUACUAGGAAGUUUGAUUGCAUCUUGCUUUGCCAUUGAAAUCUUCAUCUCAGAAGUCUAUGAUGGGCCAUUUAAAACAUAUUUGGUAUGUACAUGAACCCUAAAUUGAGAAUCCAGCUAACCAUAGGAGACCUUCUUGCCAACUGUCAUUCUUACUGUCUUUAUGCCGACAUUAACCGUUCUCUUGACGAGAAUUGCCUCAAAAUUGACAGAUCUUGAAAACUAUCAAAUAGUUGCCGGUGAGUAAUCACCUAGUAUUCUGCUUUGAGUUUCACUGACCUCAAAUAGUACAUGAGGCAGCAAUGGUUCAAAAGAUAUUCGUACUCAACUUCAUAACAUCCUACGUGCCAAUUUUCCUCACAGCAUUUGUCUACGUUCCGUUCGCUCAAGUCAUCGUUCCUCAUCUGGACAUUUUGCAAAUGGCAGUGAAACCAUUCGCCGAGAACGAUGAACAGAUGACAAUAUCAACAGCUGGAUUUCAGAUUGACCCUGAUCGAUUGAAGAAACAGAUUAUUUAUCAAAACGUCACAGCACAACUUGUUAAUUUCGGUGUUGAGGUCAUCAUUCCAUACGCCAAGAGAAUGGUCUUCAGAAAAUACAAAGAAAUUCAAGCAGACCGUACCACAAAGCGCAGAGGUUCUUAUUCACCAGAAAUGGAUCAUCCAGAAGAAAUCGAGUUCUUGACUCGCGUGAGAGAUGAAGCCGAACUUGCGCUCUAUGAUGUUGCAACAGAUUUCAGAGAGAUGGUCAUUCAAUUCGGUUAUCUAUCUCUGUUUUCAGUCGUCUGGCCUCUAACGGGCCUCUCAUUCCUCAUAAACAAUUGGGUUGAACUCCGCGGUGACGCCGUGAAAAUCGCACUUGAAGCUCAACGACCUGUUCCAUGGCGCGCGGAUUCUAUUGGUCCAUGGAUCGAGGCUCUAGGCUUCUUAUCUUGGCUCGGUAGUCUUAGUGCCGCUGCUCUUGUUUACAUUUUCUCUGGAGAUGGUAUUGGUCCAGAUGGUACACCGAGUAACAUGACAGGAUGGGGUUUAUUACUCACCAUGUUCUUCUCGGAACAUAUCUAUCUAACCUUAAGAUCAGGCAUCAGAUUAGCAUUGAGUAAAAUUGAUAGUCCAGGAUUACAGAGAGAGCGAAAGGAGAGAUUUGCUGUUAGGAAGUACGUUAUUCCUGUUAUGUUUGCGUCGUUUGUGCCCCUCAUUUCGUUGGUUUGGCGUUUUUGACUUUUGGGUUUUAUUUCGGGAGACUAAUGCAUACGUGUGAUGAAUAGACAAUACCUAGAAGGAAUGAAAUCUCAAGAAGCGACUGAACAAGCUUCUCAGGGAGGAAUGAGUCAAGGAGAGAAGAUUAGUAGAAACACAUUGGAAGAGAAUGCUAGGGAAUCAAGUUUAAGGGGCCGUGGAACAGUUGAGGAGAGGUAUGUUUUCUUUCAUUUGUGGGUAGGCGGGAGUAGGGUAGAGGGAAAAAGAGGUUGCGGUAUCAAUUUUGAUAGAUCUAACGAACAACCAAAUAGAUUUUGGGCACGACAAAGAGGACAAGGAGAAACUAUCGCCAUGGGAAAAAUUUAUAUUAAUAAAACGAUGCUCACUUUUGGGUCCGGGCAAUCAAAGAAGGAACUUUGAUUAUUUUAUGAGAUGCGAUUGAUGGAUGGAUGAGGGAAUUGACUUUCUUCACACCUCUUUAGUAUCAGAGUGUUUAAAUUGGACUUGACUUGAGGUGGGGAGAGAGGAGGAGAGGGGUGGA